GAAUUGAAACGCCAGGGAGUGUCAUUUAAAAAUGUGCGACUUAUCGCCUCAGCGGUUGAUGCAGUGAUAGAUACAUUGAAGUGCGCAUCACAAGUAUGGAAUGAAGAUGAGGUAUAUAUGUUCUGUUUGCGUCUAGCUCUUUUCGUGGUAGCUUGCCGUCAACCUUUGGAUUCACGAACUGGAUUUGCACCGCUCUAUUUGGCUUGGAAUGAAAUAUAUCGCCUGAUUCCAAAGUAA